UCGGUGCUCGUGCGAGUUUUUCGCUGCAUUCCGCACACGCACAAACUGCCGCCCGAGUAUCGCGCGGCGUUUACCUAUGGUGGCCGACAUUGCAUUCCGGCACGAUGCGCGAGCCUCGGGAACGCGACCUUCGUCUCACGGUGUCCCGUCUCUGAUGGUGCGCGGCUCGCGCGUGUCUUUGUUGUCCACCUGACCGCUCUCGGCAUCUCGGAACGUCUCGAUCCGCGAGCAAGACUAGAUAUCCGUCGGCACGGAACGCGACGGCUUGUCCUUAGAAUCAGCCAGCGAACUCCGCGAACAGAUAUCUUACUUGAAUGAUGGAACUGUCAGUGGAACUGCUGGAGAGUCUGGUGAACAACAAGGAGGUCAUAGAGGUGCUGAAGGAUGGCACUCUCACGGAGAACAUUAUAUUCAAGUCUGAAGUGGAUGACGAGGAGGAGGAGAUAGAGGAAAUUAUAGAAAUAAUAGAGGAAGUUGAAGAAGAGGCAGAUCCCAAUGAUGAGGCAUUGAAGGACAAGUCAAAGGACAAUGAAAUGAAGGUUGAGAGGAUAGAGAGAAAAGACCAGUUGGAUAGAAAAGAGCUCUACUUCAGUGAAGAGGAUUCAAUGUUUACCUCACAGUCUGCAAUCAAGGAGUCGGCCAAGACCAUGAGCAACAGCAUGCAGAAGGUUACCAAGCAAGUUAUAAAUUACGACGUGGACGAGGACUGGCAGGACGAAGAAUUGGAGCAUGCCGACGAGUUGGAGAGUUCCGAGCUGGUCGACAAUAGUGUUGGCUCUCUACAGACUGACAAGAAACAUGUAAAUAAUCAAACUGUAACUAUCCCAUUGCAAUCGAACAAGGAUUUGAGAGUCCACACAGCUGGAAGAUCGGACAAGCCUCGGAUAGAAAGUAGUAUAAUUGGAAAUAAUGUAAAUAUGGAGGACAGUAGUGAGACGACGCACGAGAUAGUGAAAAACGUGGAGAACAAUCUGCUGUACACUGUACUCGGUACCAAGAAGCAAGACUCCUCAAAGCAGGUGCAGCAGGAUGCACAUUACGUCAAAAUGGAACGACUCGACGAGAAUACCAUACCGGUUGAAGGUACCAUCUACUACGAAGGGGACAACAUGGAAACAUUGUAUGUAGCACAAGCCAUUGACGACAACGAGCAGUAUCAGUAUGAUAACGCAACAAUCGAGCAAGAUGAGCAGGUGUCUUGGGACGCUGCGAAUCCAGAAUCCAAUCAAAAUCAAGAAGAAUAUAAUUCUCAGAAUCACAUAUUUUUGCACGAGGACGAGGACGGCCAGUUGUACUUCAAGGACGACACUGGAGCCCUACAACCGGUAUACUUGACUGAAGACGGGAAUUAUGCAAUUGCUGAGACCAGUGACGAUAACGCUGGCAAAGAAUCGAGAUCUCAACAGAACAGCAAUGCGAUGGAGGAAGAGACUUAUAUUUUACCUGAUGUGAUGGAUCCAGCUUCGGCAAAAUCGACUUCUAGUAAACAAAUAAGCACGGUAUCACCGUCAUCGCUCCCAGACGACAAUGAAGAGAAUACAGUGACGAUAUCUCUGAUAAUAUCCGAGGACGAGAACGGAAAGAAGAGGACUCAAGUCAUCAUACCUACAACGGACAACUCAAAGUGCGAUAUUUGUAAUAAGAGCUUUAAGACACCUUGUCAUCUACUCAAGCACAACAGACUGAAACACGCUCGCGAGGAGGAUAUAACCACGAGAAACUUUCCUUGCGACUUGUGUCCUAAGAGAUAUCCAGAUCAGUCUUCCCUGGCUCGCCAUAGAAAGACUCACACCGGUGACCGACCGUUCCAGUGCUUGGAAUGCCAAAAGAAUUUCCCCACGUCCACAGCGUUACGUCGUCACUUGACGCUUCAUAAUUCUCAGUCGCGGCCGCUUCCUUGCAUCUACUGCGGCCGGCGAUUCAUGGACAAGCGUAGUCUGACUAAGCACGAGGAAUCGCACAUGCCUAACGAGCAGCGCACAUACACGUGUGACAUAUGUCAGAAGACUUUCCAGCACAUGACCGACUUGAGCAUGCACAAGAAGUACCAUGACCCUGACAAGAAAUACGACUGCGAAGUGUGCGGUCGCGAGUUUAACAGGUUGAACAAUUUGCAGAGACACAUUCUGGUGCAUCAGCAACAACAGGGAGGAAAGGAAGAGAUUCUCUCCUGCAACGUAUGCGGAAUCACGUACAAGUUUAUGAGUUCAUUAACAAGGCACAUGGUGACGACGCACAUGAAUCCAGAAAAGCUCAGACAGCAGGCGGAGGAACAGCGGCGAAAACGCGAGAACAACUACCGAAAGUAUCUGGAAAAUCGAAAGAUGUAUGAAACCAUGCAGGGCAAACAUGCUAGGUACAAAGCGUAAUUAUCAUCAUACGUACUCGCGGGAAGAAACGAUGACGUGGCCUGACUCGACUUUCGUGAAGUGAGUUUCGUCAAGUGCGGCCACAGUGAAAUGAUGAUUUCACUGUGGAAACAAUAACGUAUGCUAUACUUGCAUAACGAUGUCUUUAUAUUAUUGAUUGCAGUACAGAUAGCAGUACAGAUAUGCAUUUAAUUUAAUUGAUUAUAUCAAUGUAUCAAUUGCAAAAAAAAAUAUAUAUAUAUAUAUAGAUGUCCUCAAGUAGUUAAAUACAUGAUUAUAUUAACGCAAUGAAAUAGUACAUGUAGACAGUGAAUAUACGGAUAAAUAUAAUUUCUUUAGUCUACUGCAUGCACCGGGAUCUGCUGAUUUAAAAUAAAAAUAGCACCAUUUAUACAUGAA